GAUUGAUUCUAGAAUGAAUGAAAGGCAUCCAAUCUUCCUAAACUCUCAAACAGCAAACAUGGAAACAGAUAUGAUACCAGAGGUAAUCUUGAGCUCUGGACAUAGAAUGCCAGUGAUAGGUUUUGGAACUGUAUUUGACCCUCUCCCUCCACUAAACCUUCUCACUUCUACUCUGGUUGAAGCCAUCGAGGUCGGCUACCGACACUUUGACACUGCUUCUCUUUACCAAACUGAAGAUGCUGUCGGCCAAGCCAUAGCCAAAGCACUUGAGCAGGGCUUGAUCAAGAACCGCAGUGACGUUUUCAUUACCUCAAAGCUUUGGUGUUCAGAUGCAGACCAUGAUCUUGUCCUCCCAGCACUCAAGGAAACACUCAAGAAAUUGGGACUAGAUUAUGUGGAUCUAUAUCUGGUGCACUGGCCGGUAAGGUUGAAACAAGGAGUUGGCAUCUUUUGCCAAAAGGAGGAUAUUCUUCCAUUUGAUAUGAGAGGGACAUGGGAAGCCAUGGAAGAGUGUUGCAGGCUGGGCUUAGCAAAAUCUAUUGGUGUCAGCAACUUCUCUUGCAAGAAGCUCUCCCAACUUCUAGCCCAUGCCACCAUUCCUCCUGCUGUUAAUCAGGUGAAAAUGAAUCCUGUUUGGCAGCAGAGAAAGAUGAGAGAUUUCUGCAAGGAAAAAGGGAUUCAUGUGUGCGCCUGGUCUCCUCUGGGAGGAUAUGGAGAUAAGUGGGGUUCACCUGCUGUGAUGGAGAAUCCGGUUCUCAAAGAUAUAGCGAUGGCUAAGGGGAAGAGUAUUGCACAGAUUUCACUGAGGUGGGUAUAUCAGCAAGGAGCAAAUCCAAUCGUGAAGAGCUUCAAUAGGGAGUGGAUGAAAGAAAACCUCCAAAUCUUUGAUUGGGAACUUAGCCAAGAAGAUCUGGAUAAGAUUAACCAGAUUCUACAGACAAAUGGAUUUUCAGGGAAUAUGUUUGUUUCUCCAAACGGGCCUUAUAAGUCAUUGGAGGAACUUUGGGAUGGAGAGGUGUAAGAUCACCCCUUGCUUCUUGUAUCUCCUAAAAAAAAUAUGAAAUGGAUUCACCGCUUCCAUCUGCAUAAUUGUAUA